CCUCUCCCGCUGCUCUCCCUCCCCUCUCUACACGCUGCGUUGAGGUGAAGUGACUCAACCUGCCGCUGGUGGGGUCAUCACCACCGCACUUGGACUCACCUCAACCCCUCACUUUGGCGUCGAAAGCGCUGCGUGUGCGCCGUUUGUCACAUGAAAAUCUCAGCUGUUGGCGGCCUCUCUCGCAGCGCCUAAGCAAACACCACUCCCAUUCACAACUUCACAUCACUUGGCUUAACACGACAUAUUCGCCCGUCCAAACACGGCAUAGCCGUCACUCGUUCAAAUGGAAGACUCUUCUGGCGGCGCGGGAAAGGCCGCUACUUCUUCCUGGCUGCUCUCACCUUCACGCCGCCCUUCACAAUCUUCUGCCGUCGCAGGACCAGCGUCCAGCUCCACCGAACCCACCAACACUCAAAGAUCUAGGAGACGAAGAGUCCUUGGUCGGCUCGUACGAUCCGGCUCGGAUCCUCGCAACACCAACGUCCCCUCACCUUUCAACGCCGAAGCGCCCGACUUCAUCCCGCAAAGCCUGCCCAAGACCCCAUCGAAGCGAAAGGCCUCGUCCUUCUCCAAGUCUGGCAGAGCUUCGCAAUCAGACAGCGACAUGGCCUUCAUCACCCCUUCUCCCACAGAUCCGCCCCUCAUUCGCGCCGCGGAGAUCAUGUUCCCCGGUCAAGCAGGCCUGCGCUUCACCUCUCCCUCUCCCAUCCCCGAGCUGGCGAUGAGCUCAUCCGAGGAGUCAGAUGAUACCGAAUUUCCCAACUUUCAGCUUGUUGCACCGGCUCGCCGCGAGUCGAAUCGCACUGCACGCCCUGGGUACCUCAACUUCACCAGCCGGCUCCGAGCGGCGGAGAUGAGGAAACGACAAGAUCCUGCUCACAUGACUUCGGCCAUCUUGCUAUACCCGGAAGACACCCUGACUGAUGUCGCAACGCCUAUGAGUGGUGCUAGCCGUGUGCGCUAUCUUCCACUCUGUCCAGCUUCCAUGUCCGUGAACGGAGCUGCCGCAUACGGCACCGACGGCGCCAGCUCAAGCCUCUUGACGGUCCUGCCGAGCCACUGCGACUUCGUUCAACGCUCCGAGCGCGCUGAUGCCUACACUCAAGUAGUAUGGCCCUCAGGCGAGCUGCCCGUCGAGCUCUUCGACCUCAUCACCACGCAUCUCGCCCGCGAUGAUGUCAAGACAAUGCGCCUGGUCAAUCGGGAGUUUGAACAGAAAGUCGCCCACACCCUCUUCCAUACGUCUGUUGUCCCCUUCAACACCGAGAUCUACGACAUGAUCGACGAAGACCGGAAGAGUGUCAACCGUGGCCCUCAAUUCCAUGGCAAAGGAAAGGCCAAGAUGGGCUCCAUGCCACGAAGCAUGGACGAGGCUGGACUUGGCCAGGAGUUGGGGGGCCUGCAGUGGCAGAAUGCGAAAGAAGACAAGGAGGGCAAAGUGUAUAAGGGACAUGGCCUACGAGUCUUCCGCGGGUUUGGUCCACACAUCAAGCGCUUCGGCAUGACCUUUGAGAUCUCCGAGCAGCAACUCGCCUGGCCUCCGACGAAGAAGAACCUCGACCACAUUCAAGCCUAUUACGGGUCGUACGACUGGCCUUCUCUCGAUUACACUCGCUUUGCUACGCUGGCGGGAUUGGAGAAUACUGCGGAUGAGACAUCGCGCAUGAAGGCGGCCUUCUCCAACCUGGAAAUCGUGCAGGAGCUCGCGCUGUCCAUCGACAGUGGUCUCGGCUGGCUCAAUGGACCCGACAAGUCUUUGCGCACUUUGCUACUCGACCAGCCAACACCCGUCUUCGGCAGCUCCUUCAGCAUGCCUGACCGCAGCGCACAAAAUGCACAGGCCUUCUGGACCGCGUUGCACCAAUCUCAAGCAAGCUUUGAUCCCAUUAUGAAUAUCAAAGAGAUGACGCUCGACCAUCGCCCCUGUCUGGUUCAGCCGACCGAGAUUGAGGGCCUCCGCGACAACAUCUACUCCAACACUCAACUGUGGUCGUCGAUCAGCUCGAACAAAAUCUCCUCGGUGUUGCCAAACUCCCCAACUGGCUUCGGAGUACUUUACGCCACUGCCAACCAGACGGGUUCAGACGGUAGCCCCAAGCAGUCUUUGGCGCCUGGGUGUCUGAGCAAAGAACAAAGAGAGUGGCUAUUGGAAACCCAAUGGGCCCAGCAGGCCUUUCUGGAAUCCUACAUGCUCGCUGUCAUCGACAAUCCGCUGACCUUUCAGAACAUCACUACGCUCAAUUUCGCAAGAGUAUCGAGUCGGUUCCUACAAAUGCUGUCACGCGACUCCUUCUGGAAAGGACUGCCUCAUCUUGCGGAGGUGAUUCUGAGGAUCAGCCCAGACUGGCGGACAGUCGAGAAAGAUGAUGCGGGAUUCGCCACGACCACGCAGAACAGCCCGUCCGAUGCAGUGCGCUGCCUGCACAAAGAGAUUCUGCAGGGUUGCGUAGCGCCUCGGCAAUCCAUCAAGAAGCUUACAGUCGGCUGGGCAGGCGGAGGAGAGCAUGCUCCAGGCAUGUUCGCGCGUAACAACAACGUCCUUCCGGCGCCAAUCACCCGUGUGGAGCACUGCACUGCCAAUAGUAGUAUUUUUGGCCUGCUCUUCCCUCACGUGGAGCAUCUCACCUUGACGAAUUGCUGGCUCUCCCCGCCGGUGCUCGAAGGCUUGAUCAAGGCGCACUCGCAAAAAGCGUUGAAGAAACUUACCCUUGAUUCAGUGUCGUUGACUACGCAUCCCAAGUUCCCCAACUUUGGUGGAGCUCACCUUCUGAAUCCACAGGCACCUCCUCCUCUCGCUCUCGCCGGUGCUCCACAACAACAACUCACGGCCCAGCAAAUCAAUGCCAUGGUGCAGCAGCAGAUUGCGCAGACGCAACAGCAGCUCAUCGCCCACGCGCAGGCAAACCCGCAAGCAGCGCCUGCCAUUGCGCAGUUUCUAGCGGGGCCACCAAAUCCACAUACCGCGCCUGCAGCCAACUCGCACUGGACCGCGGGAUAUCGCGACGGCUCUUGGCCCCAAAUCAUUGACCUCAUCUCCCCCGGCACCACGUUCCAAGACUACCGCCCAGCCCCUGCUCCAUGGGAGGAGCAAAUCCCCGCCCGCCCGCAGACCAGUCUCCGUACCAUCGAGUUCAAGUCCUGCGGCUACGUCAAACUUCCGAACCACACCGGCUUCGACCAGCUGGCCCUCGAAGCCCCCGCCCCACUACGCGCCACACACUCGGCCUGGUUCCGCGCGCGUCACAGUCGGCUUAAGCCUUCGAUGAUGACGAGCGGCGACCGCAAUCUGGGCCAGAUUGUGCAAUCCAUGCCGCCGCGUGAGAUGAAUGCGCUGCUGUUUGCUUGGGGGUUUACGGAGGGGUGGCAGGAUGCUGCGAAGGCGGAGGAGGCGGAGUUUGAUGGCUUCUUGCCAGGUGGGACAGGGAGGUUUUCGGGUGUGGUGGAGAGGGGGAUGGCGCUUGUUGGACCAUCUCAUCCGGGCACGCCUAGAAUAUGAGUGUGAAGCAUUGGGCUUGUUACUUUGACGACUCUGGUGGGAUGCGAAGAGUGUGUGUUACUGGUGAGAAUCGGAGGGGGUAAUGAUGUAUUUUAGUCGACGCUGCUCAAUUGGCAAGGCUUGAUGAAAGAAUUGGAACAUUUGAAACUG